UACGCUUUCUAAAUGUAUUUGUAUAUUCCGCGGUUCCAAGCCGAACAUUCUCUAUUAUUUUUGCUGCCGACGGGCGACGGACGACCGCAUGGACGACGGGCGAGGAGAACGAAAGCGUAAUUUUGAUUAAAUAAGGAAGCAAAAUUUAAAUAUGAAGAACAAACAAGUUGCUGUACAUAUUGAGAAUGUCACACAUGCAAAGUCCUUGUGGUCCAGUCUUAGCGAUUUUAUUCAAGUUUUUCUUCAUAUUGAAUAAUUGAGUUCAGACAGCGAAGAGUUCAGUUGCAGGAGGAGAACCAUCCAGUUAUACUGCCGAGAUUCGAUCGUCUUACAGAACUCUUGGUGAGGAACGCACAUCUGAGGGUUUACCACGGCGGGGUUCAGAUGACCUUGGCGAACCUGCGGAGGAACUUCUGGAUACCGGCGGGUCGCAGCCUGGUCCGUGGCAUUCUUCAUCGCUGUGUUACGUGCGUGCGGCAUAGGGCCGCCCCGUUCCAGCCUCUCAUGGCGCCCUUGCCGGCGACCAGGGUGACGCCGGCUCCCCCGUUCUCCACGUGCGGGGUCGACUAUGCUGGUCCUAUCGGCGUGCGGACGACCAAGGGGCGAGGACAUCGCAGUUGCAAGGGGUACAUCGCGGUUUUCGUGUGCUUUGUGACCCGCGCGAUGCACCUAGAGCUGGUGAGCGACUAUUCGACCUCGGCCUUCCUUGCGGCGUUCCAUCGCUUCGCCGCCAGACGCGGCGUACCGGCCGUCGUAUACAGUGAUCAGGGCACGACAUUCGUUGGAGCCGAUCGGGAACUGCGGACGGCCCUCAAGGCCGCUGGUGCAGAAGGAGGCCCCAUCGCGGAAGCACUGGCGAACGACGGCACGGAAUGGCGAUUUCAACCGCCGGCGACGCCCCACUUUGGCGGGAUCUGGGAAGCCGGGGUCAAAUCGGUCAAACACCACCUCCGCCGAGUCGUCGGGGAACACACCCUAACAUUCGAGGAGCUUGGCACCUUCUUGGCACGAGUCGAGGCGUGUCUCAAUUCGAGGCCUCUACACGCCAUAUCGGACGAUCCGGACGACCUCAGCGCGUUGACUCCGGGACAUUUCCUGAUCGGCAGGCCGCUGGUCAGCGUUCCGGAACCGAGCCUGGAGGGUGUCAACGAGAGACGACUCUCCAGAUGGCAGUUACUCCAGCAGUUGACCGAGCACCUGUGGUCUCGUUGGUCGCGAGACUACCUACAUACCCUCCAGGCGAGAGGAAAAUGGACCAAGGAGACCGAGGCUCCCCGAGUCGGCGAGCUCGUCGUCGUCCGGGACGAGCGACUCCCACCGUCGCGCUGGAUGAUGGCGCGGAUUUUAGCGCUACACCCCGGACCAGACGGUCGCGUGAAAGUUGCACAGGUCCGCACCGCGGAUUCCACCCUCACGAGGCUUCUGGUCAAAUUGGUGAGGCUGCCCACCGAGGACGACAAGGGGAAGACACCUUGAGUUCAGCAGACCAGUGGCCACUUCUUCCGUCGAGGACGACGGAGGCGGGCGGAAUGUUCGGAGUCCGUCCGAACUGUUAUUCGGCAUGAUGGGCGCGUGAUACCAUGCGACUCUCAAGCGUGAGCACGUCGUGAUCUUCCCUGCGAGGCACGCUUGCCCCGUUUUUGGGUGAAAUGCCUAAGCGCUCCGACGAGUCAGUCGUCCAAGAGACCCGAACGUUAACGAGCGAGUAAUCCGCGAUUACGAACCCGGUAAAUUUACUCAUUUUUUUGUGCCAAAAUAAAACCAUCCAAUAAAUCCUUUUUUACUUGAGUACGUGGCGUCCCACGAACAGUCUGAAAGUUUUUACAUAUACAAUAAUAAUAAUAUU